GGCUGGCGGCGCCCGUAACAAGUGCUCGCCGCAGCCUCCCGUCCCUCCUCCGGCGCCUGCGGGGAGGAGGCAGCGCCGCUCUCCUCCCGGCUCCGCUCCGGCUGCGCCCGCGACGCGGCUUUUCCCACCCCUCGCUUUUUUCAUUUUUGGUGGUUUUCUCUUUUAUUACUUCUCUCGGUGCCGCCGCGACGCCUUUGAUGCUCGACGGACGGAUCCGAUUUUGGGUUUGGUUUUUUUUUGGUUUUUUUUGUUUUUUGCCGGGGGGGAGCAGGAUAUUCCUCCGUUGUUUUUCCAGCGGUGGAAAGACCUUCUCCAUCCUUUCCCGUCUCCUUGAGUUAGUUCCCUCGCCCGGCUGCGAGCCUCGCAGCCUCCUGGACUGAACGCAACUUUUUUUCCUCCCUCCGCACCCCUUUUCCCUUUGCUGAUCUCAGUUAUUGGGGGGGGAAAAAAAAAGAAAAAAAAAAAAAAGAAAAACUGAAAAACCAAAAGACCAACACAUCCCAGGGAGGAGGAGAAGGAAGAGGCUGCUCGUGCGCCACUGGCUGCUGCUGGUGCUCCGGACCCGACUCUGGGAGCGGGUUGAAAUAUGGAGAAUAGUGUUGGAUGUGUUUGGGUACCAAAGCUGGCUGUUCUCCUCCUUUUCGGCUGUGCGCUGGCCAUCCUGCAUCCUUGCGUCUCCGGGUCACAGAUGGGGGCUUUUACGUCGCUGAGGUUCUCGGUGGAACCUUCGGACGCCGUCACGGUGCGCGGAAGCGAUGUCCUCCUCGAGUGCCGAGCGGAAUCCCAUCCGGCCAAUCCGGUGACGGUGAAAUGGAAGAAAGAUGGCGUCUUCUUCAACCUGGCGGUAGACGAAAGGAGGAGACAAUUCCCUAACGGAUCUCUCCUGAUCCAAAAUGUGGUCCAUUCCCGGCACCACAAACCCGAUGAAGGGCUCUAUCAGUGCGAAGCAUCCCUGGAAGGCAUCGGAGCCAUCGUCAGCCGCGCGGCCAAGGUGACGGUCGCAGGACCAUUGCGGUUUCUUUCCCAGACGGAAUCUCUCACGGCAUUCAUCGGAGACACCGUCCUCUUGAAGUGUGACGUCGUCGGAGAGCCUUCCCCCGUAGUGCGAUGGCAACGCAACCAAGAGGAUUUCAUUCCGAGCGUCGCGGAUCCACGGAUUGCCGUCUUACCUUCCGGAAGUCUCCAGAUCAGUCGGAUCCAAGAUGGAGACAGCGGGAUCUACAGGUGCCUGGCGAAAAAUCCCGCCAGCUCCAAAACCGGGAAUGAUGCCGAAGUCCGAGUUUUAGCAGAUCCAGGAUUCCAGAGGCAACAGUUUUUCCUGCGGCGCCCAUCGAACGUGGUGGCCAUGGAAGGGACGGAUGCCGUUCUGGAAUGUUGCGUUUCCGGAUCUCCUUCUCCCACCUUCACGUGGCUCCGAGGAGAUGAAGUUCUUCCCAUCAGGUCGGGAAAAUAUUCCUUAUUGGCCGGAAGUAACCUCCUCAUCUCCAACGUGACCUCCGAUGACUCCGGGACCUACACCUGCGCGGUCACCUCCAAAAGCGAGAACAGCAGCGGCUCAGCCGAGCUGACGGUGAUGGUCCCACCGUGGUUUUUAAUCCGCCCUUCAAACCUUUACGCCUACGAGAGGACGGAUAUCGAGUUGGAAUGUUCGGUAUCCGGGAAACCGGUGCCGACGGUGGAGUGGAUCAAGAACGGAGAAGUGGUGAUUCCCAGCGAUUAUUUUCAGAUCGUGGGCGGCGGUAACUUACGGAUUUUGGGAGUGGUGAAGUCGGACGAAGGGUUUUAUCAGUGCGUAGCGGAAAACGAAGCGGGAAACGCUCAGGCCAGCGCGCAGCUCAUCGUCCCCCAACCCGAUGCCACCACCACCACCUUAUCUCCUCCUCCUUUUGGACCUUUCAGACCACCACCUUCUCUGAUCGUGUCCUCUCCUUCCCCUCCAGUUGUCCCAAGCCCUGGUGUCCUCCCCUCACCUCCUCGAGAUGUUGUCCCCGUUUUGGUCUCCAGUCGCUUUGUCCGUCUUUCCUGGCGACCACCGCUUGAGGUCCACGGCCACAUCCAAACCUACACCGUCUUCUUCUCCAAAGAUGGCAUCAACCGGGAACGCGCCCUCAACACCUCUCAAAGUGGACCACUUCAGGUGACGGUGGGCAACCUCAAACCUGAGGAGACCUACACCUUCCGCGUGGUGGCCUUCAACGAAUGGGGUCCAGGAGAGACCUCUCAACCCAUCAAAGUGGUCACUCAACCCGAACUUCAAGUUCCGGGACCUGUGGAGAACUUCCGAGUGGUUUCCACCACUCCGACGUCUCUUUUGGUUUCUUGGGAUCCACCUUCUUCCCUCCAUUCACCCAUCGAAGGUUAUCGGAUCUUCUGGAUGGAAACCACCACCGGAAGAGAAGAGACCGUGGAGGUGGACGGCUUCUCCUAUCGCUUGGAAGGGCUGAAGAAGUUCACCGAGUACACCUUGAGGUCCAUCGCCUACAACCGCUACGGUCCUGGGGUCUCCUCAGAAGAUGUCACCGUCACCACUUUAUCCGACGUUCCCAGCGCGACACCUCAGAACGUCUCUUUGGAGGUGGUCAACUCCAGGAGCAUUAAGGUCUCGUGGUUACCACCACCACCGGGAACCCAAAAUGGGUUCCUCACGGGUUAUAAAAUCCGUCAUCGCAGAACCUCACGGAGAGGAGAAAUGGAGACGUUGGAACCCAACAACCUCUGGUACUUAUUCACAGGUCUGGAGAAAGGAAGUCAAUACAGUUUCCAAGUGGCCGCGAUGACCAUCAACGGCACCGGACCUUCUUCCGAGUGGAUCACCACCGAAACGCCGGAGAACGAUCUCGACGAAUCCCAAGUCCCCGACCAGCCGAGUUCCCUCCACGUCCGCCCGUUGUCCACCAGCAUCGUCAUGACGUGGACCCCACCGCUCAACCCCACCGUGGUGGUCCGCGGGUACAUCAUCGGUUACGGCGUGGGAAGUCCUUACGCCGAGACCAUCCGCGUGGACCACAAGCAGAGGUUCUACUCCAUCGAGAAGUUGGAGUCCAGUUCCCACUAUGUCAUCUCCUUAAAGGCCUUCAACAACGCCGGCGAAGGAGUUCCUCUCUACGAAAGUGCCACCACGAGGUCCAUCACAGAUCCCGUUGACCCUUUCGAAGUUGACUUUUCUCCUCUUCUCGAUGGUUUCCCCACCGCCGUCCCAGAGAGCUCCACCCCCAUGCUCCCACCAGUAGGUGUCCAAGCGGUUGUCCUCACCCACGACGCCGUCCGUGUCCUUUGGGCGGAGAAUUCCAUCGCCAAAAGCCCAAAGACCACCGAAAUCCGUUUCUACACCGUCCGCUGGAGAAUGAGUUACUCCACCGCCGCCAAAUAUAAGUCCGCAGAUACCACCGCUUUGAGUCAUACGGUGAUGGGGUUGAAGCCCAACACGAUGUACGAGUUCUCCGUGAUGGUCACCAAGGGGAGAAGAUCCAGCACGUGGAGUAUGACGGCCCACGCCACCACCUACGAAGCAGCUCCGUCUUCUCCUCCGAAGGAUCUGACGGUCAUGGGUCGAGAAGGAAAGUCCCGAACGGUGACGGUCAGUUGGGAACCACCACUGGAGGCCAACGGGAAGAUCACCGCUUAUGUCCUCUUCUACACUUUGGAGAAGAACGCCCCCAUCGAUGAGUGGUUUAUGGAGUCCAUCAACGGCGAUCGUCUCACCCAUCAGGUGAUGGACCUCCAUUUGGACACCAUCUACUACUUCCGUAUCCAAGCUCGGAAUUCCAAAGGCGUUGGACCUCUUUCCGAUCCCAUUUUCUUCCGGACUUUGAAAGUGGACCAUCCGGACAAAAUGGCCAACGAUCAAGGUCGUCACGGAGACGGAACCUUUUGGCCGGUGGACACCAAUCUCCUCGACCGGAGCAGUUUGAACGAGCCACCCAUCGGGCAGAUGCAUCCGCCCCACGGCAGCGUCACUCCUCAGAAGAGCAAUAACCUCUUGGUGGUGGUGGUGGUGACCGUUGGGGUCCUCACGGUGGUGGCGGUGGGGGCGGUGGUGGCGGUGGUGGUCAUCUGCAACAGAAGGUCUUCGGCGCAACAGAGGAAGAACCGGAGCAGUCACAGCGUUGGGAAACGCAAAGGGAGUCAAAAGGAUCUGAGACCUCCGGAUCUUUGGAUCCACCACGAGGAGAUGGAGCUGAAGAACAUGGAGAAAGGUUCCACUACGGAAGGGACCACCGGAGAGUCUCCGAGACAGAGCUGUCAGGACCUCACGGCCGUCGGUCACAGCCAAUCGGAGACCCAACUGGGCCCCAAGAGCGCUCCUCAACCCGGUCCCGAAGGAGAAGACGUCGGGGGGACAAUGUCCACCUUAGAGAGGUCCUUGGCCGCUCGUAGGGCCACUCGGGCCAAACUGAUGAUCCCUAUGGAGACCCAACCAAGCGCCAACCCUGGGGUCGUCAGUGCCAUUCCGGUUCCGACGUUGGAAAGCGCUCAAUAUCCCGGAAUUCUUCCGUCUCCGACGUGCGGUUAUCCUCACCCACAGUUUACCCUUCGGGCGGUGCCUUUCCCGACGCUGGCGGUGGAGAGGACCUUCGGAGGAGGAAGAAGUGGCAACGAAGGAGCAUCGAGUCACCAAAGCGCGUUGGUCCCUCAAAGCCAAGCGGACCAUCCCAGCGGGGAGGACGCGCCCAGCAGGACCAUCCCCACCGCCUGUGUCCGCCCCACCCACCCCUUGAGGAGCUUCGCCAACCCCUUGUUACCUCCACCCAUGAGUGCCAUUGAACCCAAAGUCCCCUACACACCUCUGCUCAGCCAACCAGGUUCCUCUCUUCCCAAGGCGCCCCUGAAGACGGCGUCUCUGGGUUUGCCCAAAUGCCGAUCUCCUCUCCUCCCGGUCUCCGUUCCCACGGCUCCUCCGGAAGCCCCAGAAGAAGGCCACAAACCCACCGACGACACCACCAACGUCUACGAACAGGAUGACCUCAGCGAGCAGAUGGCCAGCUUGGAAGGGUUGAUGAAGCAACUCAACGCCAUCACGGGGUCGGCCUUCUGAAAGCCCUGCAAGAAAGAAGGGUGAAGGCCAGAAGAUCCCAGGAUGGCAUCCACCACAAAGCACCUCAGAAGAUCUUCAUCUCAUUGGGUUCAGCUUCAUUGGGUUCAUCUUCAUCUCAGUGGGUUCAUCUUCAUUGGGUCCAUCUUCAUCUCAGUGGGUUCAUC